CAGCAGAAGCAAAAUACACUUCUAAGCUGCCAUCUAUUGAGCUCGGCAAACAUGUGGAAUAGCAUUGUUCCAGAGCAUUUAGCAACUCAUAAUUAUGAAAACUGGAGAAUUUGGAUGAAGAACUAUCUGUUAGCUCAUGAUCUCUGGGACAUUGUUGAAGAAACUACGGAAACUCCUAAUCCAAAACAGGCUGAAUUUAAGGAAUGGAAAAAGAAGAACGCUGCAGCUUUACAUGCAAUCCAUAUUUCAUGCUCUCUUGAUGUAUUUUUAAAGAUUAAAGAGAUAGAUUCAGCUGGUCUUUGUUGGAAUGCUUUGGCUGAUAUCACGGUGGAAUGCAUACCGAAGCCGGAGCCGGAGCCACAGCCUAUACUACAAUCAGAGAAGGAGAAUGUGUACCUUAAAUUUCGGCCCUUAUGCCUGGCCAUAGAGAACGGUGAUUGCGAAGCUGUUAAAGAAUUCCUUAAGAAUCGCCCAGAGGCAGUAAGAGAAAAACUUACAAACUUUGGUGAUACAGCUCUUCAUCUGGCAGCCUUUAAUGGGAAUGUGAAGGUGGUGGAAGAGUUAGUAGAGUUAAUGAAAGAAGAAGACUUAGAAAUACUAAAUAAUAAUAAUGAGACAGCUCUAAACAUAGCUGCUGGUUCUGGAAUCUUAAGACUUGCAGAAUGCAUGAUAAACAAGAACAAGAAGUUGGCCUGUGUCACAGGAACUACACAUAUCCCUGUCAUUGUAGCAUGUAGCAAAGGCCAUAGGGAUAUGACUUGUUUUCUAUAUUCUGUCACUCCAUUAGACUUUCUACGUCCAGAAGCUGGUGCUUUCGGAUCUUUGUUUCUCCAUGAAGCUAUCGGCAAUUAUUUUUUUGAUAUUGCCUUGGAUCUGGUCCAGCAUUGCCCACUUCUAGCUAUUACAAGAAAUCAUCUUGGAACCACACCUCUGAUUGAAUUCUCCUGUCUAACUAGUUUAUUCCCAGCAAGCUGUCGUCUAUCAUUUUGGCAACGAUGGAUCUAUUCAUGUAUUAACGUGCAUCAACUUGCUUCCUCAAGAGAUGUUCGAAUAUACAUUCCACAAAAUGGCCGAAAAGAAGAUGGGAACUUUUUGAAAAGAGGGUUAAAUCAAUUGCGUUCUCUGGGUUCAAAAUUGCUGGAAUUAUCAGGAAUAAAGCAGGUCUAUGAUUUGAAGUUGAUACACACUCAAGCUUUGCAACUUCUUGAUUGCAUAUGUGAUGGAGCAAUAUCAACUUUAGAUGACUCAAAAGUGGAGGAGUAUGGAAUAUAUGAAGCAUACUUUAUAGCUAUUCAAAAUGGGAUUAUUGAAAUAGUUACAAAGAUUAUUAAAGCUCAUCCACCAGUGUUGAUUGUUAAAGAAUUGGCUUCAAAUAAAAAUAUACUUUUGACUGCUGUCAUGUUUCGGCAAGAAAAAGUAUUCAGCAUUGUCUACGGGCUUGAUACAAGGAAGAACCUUUUGCUUCUUGGCCGUGAUAAUGAUAGGAACAACAUGCUACAUAUGGCAGCAAUGUUGGCACCUCCUCAUCGACUUGCUCGUAUCUCUGGUGCAGCUCUACAGAUGCAGAGAGAGCUACAGUGGUAUAAGGAAGUGGAAAGCAUUCUAAAGCCUUCAUACAAGGAAUAUGUUAACAAGUUUGGUGUCAAACCUCCCCAAAUGUUUACAAAUACCCACAAGGAUUUAGUGACAGAAGGAGAGAAAUGGAUGAAAGAGACUGCAACGUCUUGCACAGUUGUUGGUGCUCUUAUUAUUACGAUUAUGUUUACUGCAGCAUUUACUGUUCCUGGUGGCAACAUUCAAGAAACUGGGUAUCCAAUGUUUUUACAUGAAAAAGCAUUCAAGGUUUUCAUAAUAGCUGAUGCAAUUUCUCUCUUCUCUUCAUCAACAUCAGUGUUGAUGUUUUUAGGAAUCUUAACAUCUCGAUAUUCAGAAGAUGAUUUCCUCAAAUCUUUGCCUACUAAGUUGAUCAUUGGUCUUUCCACACUUUUUUUCUCUAUCGCAACUAUGAUGGUGGCUUUUUGUGCUACACUUAUACUUAUGUUGGAAGGAGAAUUGAACCUUAUCAUUCCACUAGUUUUAUUAGCUAGUAUUCCUGUCACUCUUUUUAUAUUUUUGCAAUUUCCCCUUCUUGUUGAAAUUUUUAUAUCCACUUAUGGUCCUGGUAUAUUUGAUAGGAAAAGCAAGUACUUGCACAAAUAAUGUAAUUUUAACCUUGUGAGCUUGCUUAAAUUUAUGGCCAAUAAUGUAACUUCAACAGUGUGAGAUUGUUUAAAUUUAUGGUAUUUAUUGGGAUUUUGCCUUCAAUUGUAUGUAUUUAUAUUAAAAUAUUUUUUUCUCAAAGA